ACAAACUGAACGCCCUGUCUUGAGUUCGUCGCUGUUGUAUUAUAUAACUUUAACUUACUCAUGGCUUUAGCCAGCAAGAAGCGAACACUGCGCUUCUGAUCUGACGACCAACGCGGAUUAAUCCCGGGGAUCUGUAGCAACUGACUCAUCGAUCACUUUUAUUUUAUUUUUUUCCCCCCUGCCGGUGACGUGCACGAAAAGUUGUUGACGGAUCCGCGAGACGGCGCACACAGCAGCGACAUUGUUGCUCGAAAUACCGCAGAGACCGUUUCCCUGCCGUAUGGAGAAGAGCACCGCGGCGCGUUCUCUAAAUAUUCACAACAGCAGCUUUUUAAGUGUUUGAAGUGUGUUCGUAUGAGGGAAAUUGCGCGAUUCCUCUCACUUUCUUUGCCCUCCCGCAACUUGGGUUGACGGGAGAUGACCUAACCGUCGGAGUGCAUGUUUUUGUCACAACAGAAUGAAGAAAUGGAUCAAGGUGAACUGAAGCUCAAUGGUAAUCAAGGCGGGAGCCUUUCAUUUGGCGAGAUAGGACCCGAAGCAUGCGGAGAUACUGGUGACUCAUCUGAUUUACUCUUCCAGUCUGCAAUGCAUCUGCCCGGUUCCGGUUCUGUGGCUCCAAAUGGACAAGGUGGAACUAAAGGCCAGGGGGAGGUUGGGGGCUUUUUUGAACCUCCCGAGAGCUCUGAAGUAAAGGGAGAUAAAUUGAUCAGGAUGCAGAAAUCAGAACAGAAUGUAUUCAGCAUGGGGGAAAACCUGCCGCUGGUGAGCGAGAGUAUCUCCGAUCCCAAGCAGGCACCUCCAUGUGUCAUCAGCGCUUCAGACAGGUCUGUACUGGGCGGUCUCCCUCUGCCCGACCUCUUUUCCCAGCACAUCAAGCAAGAGGGGAUGUUUUAUAUGGAUAAAGACUUGGGAGCUUACAGUGGACAAACAGGCUCAGGUCUGUGUGAUUUGGAUAGCAACAGUACUCCCCUAAUUGAUGAUGCAGAGAUUUGGCGAGACCUGGACCUUACAAGCUCGCUGGAAGAAAUCAGUGCCUUGGAGUUGGAUUCAGAGGUGGCACACUUGGAUAACAUCCUGCAAGACAGCAAUGGUGCUGGUGUUGAUUCUUCUAGUGGCUUGCUGAAGGAAACAAAGUCUCUCAUGGGCAAUGGAGCAAACUUUACCAGUGUAAAUGGCACAGAGCAGCAGCAACAUCGUCACCAGCAGCCUCCCCUCCACCUGGCACAGCACCAUCAGCAGCUUCAACCAAUUCUCUCAAGCGUCGUCAUCAAGGAGGAGAAGGAUCCUGAUUUCAUCCACAUCCGGACCCCUGGGGUGGUCAAGCAGGAGAAGCAGGACAGUUACUGCCAGUCGCAGUGUCUCCAGAGCGGCAUGAGCUCUCUCCACGGAGGUGCAGGGGGAGGCGCCUUGUCCUCAUCCGUAUGCCUCGGUGCUGGAUCUGGUUACCCCUACAGAGCCAGUCCAUCCUCCACGGUCACCCUGCAGGAUCAGAAGCCUUUUGGCAUAUACCCAAACCAGCCUCUAGUGGGAGAGAGGUGGAUUGAGGGAAAAGGGUACGGAGAGUCAUCUGGGAAACCUAGCAGCGGUGAUGGACUGGCCUCUGCAUCAGGCUUGCCAGGUUUCCCUGCCAGCUUUUCCAGUUCAUCGUCCAGAGCAGCAGAGUCUGGUUCUGCGGUGGGUUCUGGUCACUCCAAGCCAAGUGGACAGACCCACAAGAUCUGUUUGGUGUGCUCCGACGAGGCCUCAGGAUGCCACUAUGGGGUCGUGACCUGCGGCAGCUGCAAGGUGUUCUUCAAGAGGGCAGUUGAAGGAUGGAGAGCACGACAAAACACAGAUGGUCAGCACAACUACUUGUGUGCAGGGAGAAAUGAUUGCAUCAUUGAUAAGAUCCGUAGGAAGAACUGCCCCGCGUGCCGCUUCAGGAAAUGUCUUCAAGCCGGAAUGAACUUGGAAGCGAGGAAAAACAAGAAGCUGAUCAAGAUGAAACGGCCCGCAGGCUCAUCCGAGCCCGUCAACAACAACCUGCCCGUCCCCAUCAUCCCCAGGAGCAUGCCUCAGCUCGUGCCCACCAUGCUGUCCGUGCUCAAGGCCAUCGAACCGGAGAUCAUCUACUCGGGCUACGACAGCACGCUGCCGGACACCUCCUCACGACUCAUGACCACUCUGAACAGGCUCGGAGGGCAGCAGGUCAUCUCUGCAGUCAAGUGGGCCAAGUCACUGCCAGGUUUCCGUAACCUCCACAUUGACGACCAGAUGACGCUGCUGCAGUGCUCCUGGCUCUUCCUCAUGUCCUUCAGUCUCGGUUGGAGGUCCUACGAGCAGUGCAACGGCAGCAUGCUCUGCUUCGCCCCUGAUCUCGUCAUCAACACAGAUCGCAUGCAGCUGCCCUUCAUGACCGACCAGUGCGAGCAGAUGCUGAAAAUCUGCAAGGAGUUUGUCAGACUGCAGGUUUCCUACGACGAGUACCUGUGCAUGAAGGUCCUCCUACUGCUGAGUACAGUGCCGAAAGACGGCCUGAAGAGCCAGGCCGUGUUCGACGAGAUCCGGAUGGCGUACAUCAAGGAGCUGGGAAAAGCCAUUGUCAAGAGGGAGGAGAACGCCAGUCAGAACUGGCAGCGAUUCUACCAGCUAACUAAGCUACUGGAUUCCAUGCAGGAGAUGGUUGAGGGUCUCCUGCAGAUCUGCUUCUACACGUUUGUGAAUAAAACCCUCAGUGUGGAAUUCCCCGACAUGCUGGCGGAGAUCAUCACCAGCCAGAUACCAAAAUUCAAAGACGGCGGAGUGAAAGCUCUGCUGUUUCACCAGAAGUGACUGCCUUAAACUGUGAAGCGAUGCCUUAAGUCCCGCCCCCUUUGCCCCCCCUUCGCUGAACCUGCCUCUGUUGUCGCUCUGGUCCAGCUCUCUGUUGGAAAUUCAGCCGCACCCCCUCCAGCCUGAUCUCAGAGCCCGUCCUCUCAGCUAGCCAAGAAAAAAAAAAAAAAAAAGGCUGAAUCCUGAAUGUCUUUUUGAAUUUUUUUUUUCCAGCGCUUCACUCAUUUAUUUGGUGUUUUCCUUUUGUCUGUCGGCCUCUUCCUCUCCCCGCCUCCGGAGUUUAGGCUGUUUGCACAGAGAAACAGCUUUCCCUCCCACGAGCUUAACACUCACACUUCCCCGAGGCUCAUCCAGCCGAGUGGUACCCGCCCUCACCUGCCUGCGCAGCCUGACCUGCCUGCGCAGCCAAAAGCGAGUCUUCACCUCCCGUGGGGUUCCAGGAGACCCAAAAGUGCAGCAGAAGGAAUGACAGAGCCGCACCUUUUCUCUCUUUUUGGACUCGGGACGGUAGAAGUGUUGCAACCGGAAUCAUUCGUUCUACGUCAAAUAUUCUGUAUUUAUUCACGCAGGAAUCGUAAGCAGACUCUCACACGCUCAGCCAACUGUUUACACAGGAUGCAUCCGAGGGAAAACCAGUGCCUUUAGUUCUGCAGCUAGCCCUCCUCUCCGUCUGCACAACCCCCAUGUUUUUUGUGUUUUUCCCUGAAGCUGACAUUUCGGUGUUCUGCGUGUAAGGAUGAUGGCCUUUUGAGCGGAGAAGAAAGCUCAGCAUCUCCACUCACUCUUAGAAAAAAAUCACAAGUAGACUCAGCUAGCCGUGCGAUUUUCUCCCUUUUAGUGCAAAGUUGCCACCAGAUUCAAGCUAAAGAAGCAGCACCUGAACCCAGGUUCUGGUUGUUGGAGAAAGUCUAUUAGAGGUCAAAUAUCGUACAGCUGACAUGGUGAGAAGUGGUUUUAUUUUUCUGGGUGAAGACACUCCCUGUUCCCUCCUCAGGAAGCUCUGGAGAGCGGAGCUCGUCAGCCAAACCGCUCCGGAGUUUUUCAAACCAAUUCAGGUCGAGAAUGAAGAUGAAUUUUUAACUAUUUUACACGAAACUGCCCUUUAAUUAGCUGCAUUUUAACAGAGAAACUUACUAGGUACCUGAAAAGGUAGCACGUUCAGGCUGUCUUAGUUAUUCUAAGGUGCAUGUGAGGUCGGACUUUUGUUCAGUCCCCAUGAUUCAAGAAUCAAAAGCUCAGGUCAGGAGUGAUUACCUCGACUACAAGGGUCUCAUUAGUGCCAAAUAAGGCAGGUGUUUACUUUUUGUUUUCCCCCCUGGAAAUAUUUAAGAGUUGUAAUUUGGCUUUAAGAUUUUUUUUUUCUCAGAACGUCACAAAUCGGAAAAUAAUCUUUACUUUCCGCUCAAGUUUAGCAGCAUUUUGUAUAUUUGUAAUGUGAAUAAUCGCUCACACCAGCUUAUACGAUGGCCAAAGGCGCACGCGUCAGCGAAACACGCCGGCACGUGGAUGCACCCUCGUCCCUCCUUUCAGCUCCGCACAGCAAAAUUAAAAAAAAAAAAAAAAAGAAAGCCACUGUAUUGAUUUUUAGCUCUUCGCUCUGCAGCACUUAUUACUCUUGACAGCCAUUUGACAAACCAGGUAGCAGGUUGCCAUAGAGACCAGACAUCAUUUGUAUUUCACUUAGAGCUAACAGCAUAGCGAACUCUAAAUGCAUCAAGCUGCCAUUCAAUUAAGAGCCAUGGUUUUUCUUAAAUCCGCCAAUCGUGCUGAAGGGUCGUGACUCACAGCCAGAAGACCUUUUUUUUUUUUUUUUUUUACAGAGAAAGUUGAGCUAAAAACUAGUUUUGGUGACUCGCAUCCAGUAUUACAUGUAUCUCCAGAGGUGGCGGUGCUUCAGAAAACCAGCUUUAAAUGUGUAGAUGUGACCGUGUCCCAGCUCAUUUCUACAUGGCUGAUGGUGUACAUAGCAUAUCCUGUGAAAUGCAAGCAGUGUCUAUUACAACAAAAAAAGAACAUAUUUUUACAUAAAUCUAUAUAUAGAUAUAUACUCAGCUUUUCUGUCCUUUACAUGUUUAACUAAAGGCCUUGUGAAAGGGAGACAGAGAGCCAUAGACAUAAAAAAAGGUUUCAAAUCAGGAAAUAGACUAACUUCAGUGCUUUUGGAAAUGAUGAUGUAAAAAAAAAAACUAUUUUCUGUGAUUCUAAAUACAUCCGCUUGAUCCUCUUUGAUAUGACUAAUCAUUUUUGUACAUUGAGAGUUUCUUUAUCUUUCUGUUUGUUGUUUGAUAAAGGUAGACGUGCUGAAUACAUUAGGAAGUGUUAACCAUGUUUGUCUCGUGAAACUUAAUGUUAAUUCUAAGAGUCCGAACACGAAUGCUCACUGUGUUUCUGAGGAGGGGGAGUGGAGGGACGGCAGGUUGGAAGGAAUGGAGGUUUUUUUCUUUCUUUCUUUCUUUUUUUUUGCAUUAUACAAGAGUGACCAAAGCAGAUGAGAGGAAAAUGUAAAAAAAACAAAAUAAAUAAAACGAAGUAAUCACGCGGUUACAUUUUGUAUAGCACUUCUGGUAUGCUUUCAAAUGUGUCUUUUGUAAAAGGUCUUAGCUUUGGAUCCCAUGUAUAUUGCUGUCAGGAUUUACUGGUCACUUUAAAAAGAAGAAUAAAACAAACGAAAAAAAGAAAAAAAAAAAAACAGAAAAUCAACUGAAUCUGUGUGAAAUAAAUCUUAUGAUGAAAUUGCACUACCCUCACAUUAGUCUGUUUUGUAUAAAAGAAAUGCAAAUAUCCUCAAAGUUAAGGGCAAAUUAAGUUUCACAGAUAAAUAUAUAUAUCGAUGGCUUUCACUGACGUCUGUUUGUUUGUAUUUCAGUUAUGUAGAUGUAAUCCAAUGUUAAUAAAAAAAAAAAACUAAAAAAAAAACAGUAUAAAUAUGAGGCUCCUCAAAAACCAGUUUCAAUUUACACUUUUCUGUAGUCAGUGUCGCUAUUUGCCCAUCUGACUGUGGAGCUCCGUGAUCGGUGUGUUCAUCGGAUGGAUCUUUGUGUUGGAUGAUGUUUCAAAGCAGAAGUUCAAAAAGAAGUUUCUUUAGAUGAAACAUCUUACACAAUAAAGUUUCCUGGUUUUCAACACUGCC